UCAGGGGCGCAGCCGUAAUGUCGGCGCGGGAGCUUGUGGCCUGCCUCUGCCGGGAAGGAGACCAGCGCCUGGCCCUGGGAGAGCUCCCCUCGGCCACCGCCUUCUACCUGGCGGCCUUCAGCUGCCACGCCCCCUCGGCCGUGCAGAGCGUCAGAACCGCCCUGGCUGAGGCCCGAGGCGCACCGGUGCUGGCCACCCUGGAGGCCUGGUGCCGCGGUGACAGCCAGAUCCCCGCCAUCCACUGGGACGGCAUGGCGGUUGUCUCCCUGACCCGGACCCUGGCCUCCGCGUUCCUGGCCACCCUCUGCCCGGACCACCCCGCCGCGGUCCUGCACUCCCUGGCCAGUCUGCUGGCUCAGGGGCGCCACCAGGAGGUGGCUCAGCGCUGCAGCACCUUGCUGGAUGCACGCUCCCAGCGAGCCCUGGAGCUCCAGCUGACACGCGCCCUGGCCCGCGUGCUGUCCGGGGUGCAGGUGGACGCUGGCGUGGCAGACUAUGUGCAGGCCUUUGCCUCCAGUGCAGACCGGACCGUGGCCUUCGUUCGCACCCACCAGCAGCCCCAUCUCCCCAUGCUGAUAAGCACCCUGCAGGACCAUAUCUCAGGGCGCCGGGAGGCUGAGGACAGCAUCCGCCAGCAGGAAGCUGGCUGCCAGGGACUCUUGGCAGCCCUGGACCCCGAAGGCACCUGGAGCGAUGCCCUGUCACCAGAAGCCCUGCUCCGCAGUGGCCGGUAUGAGGACUGCCGGGUGGUGUGCAGCCGGGCCCUUGAGUCUGACCUGACAGGCAGCAGACUCCCAGGUGAGCGUCGGGCUGCUCUGCUGGUCACCCGCGCAGCUGCCGCCUUAUUUCUGGACAGUGGGGCCCGGAACCUGCUUCGGGACCUGCACGAGGCCUUCCACCAGAGCCCGUCAGAGGCGCGGAAGCAGUUUGAGGCAGUGUUCUCGGCAGGGGACCGGGAGCGCGUGCGGGCCCAGGCACAGGAAGCAGCGGACAUGGGCUUCGCCCACUUCCAGGAGGCCGUGAGGAGCCGCGCUGAGCUCCGCGAAAACUCGGGCCGCGAGCUGCUGGCCCCAGUGACCCGCGCACUCCGUGUCCUGCUGCGCGCUGCACCGCCCGGGGUGCGCCCGGCACUGGGCACUCGCUUGGCCGAGUGCCUGCUGCUGGCUGGGGACGUAGCGGGCGCCCGGGCGCUGUGCGAGCGCUUGCUGCGGCCUGCGCGUCCUGGGCACCGCGUGGACUACCGCGUCGGGGCCCACACCAGCGACCGCGCGCCCAUUUUGGUGCUGCGCGGCUUUUGCGCGCUGCACGCCAGCGACGCAGGGCGCGCCCGGGAGGACUUCCAGGAGGUGGUGGAGCACGGGCCGCCUCACCUGGGCAGCUGCGUGCGCGCUCUGUGUGGCCGGGGGCUGCUGAGGGUGCUGGAGGGUAGCGCAUUCCUGGGAGCGCUGGACUAUGUCACCGCUUGCCGGCUGCAGCCCGAGGAGGCACUGCUCAUCGCCAAGGCCUACGUCCCCUGGAACCAGAGGGGCCUCCUGCUGACCGUGCUGCGAGAAGAGGGCCGCAGGAUGCUGCAGCGGAGGCCGGACCUGGGACUCACGGGCGCACCCGGCCGCCGGAGUAAGGCCGUGGAGAUGGACAGCCCCGAGGCGCAGGAAGGGGAUGCCCACGGUGUGUACCAGCUGGCCAUGCUUCUGAUGGAACUGGACCGGGAAGAUGAGGCUUCAGGCCUCCUGGCAGCUGAUGCCCUGUACCGCCUAGGCCGUCUGGAGGACACCCACAAGGCCCUGCUGCUGGCCCUCUCCCGGAGGCCCCAGGCAGCCCCUGUGCUCGUGCGACUGGCCCUGCUGCAGCUGCGGAGGGGCUUCCUCUAUGACGCAAACCAGCUGGUGAAGAAGGUGGUCCAGUCCGGGGACACGGCGUGCCUCCAGCCCACCUUGGACGUGUUCCGCCACGAGGACCGGCAGCUGCUGCGGGGCCACUGCCACGCUCGGGCCCUGGCCAUCCUGAGGGCGAGGCCCAGUGGGGCCGAGGGCACAGCCCACACCAGGGAGGCCAUCGCUUACCUCUCUCUGGCCAUCUUCGCUGCAGGGAGUCAGGCAGUUGAGUCCCUGCUCACCCGUGCCCGCUGUUACGCGCUCCUGGGCCAGAAGAAGACGGCCAUGUUCGACUUCAACUCCGUGCUGCGGGCUGAGCCCAAGAACGCACAGGCGCUGUGUGGUCGGGCGCUUCUGCACCUGGCCCUGGGCCAGCAGAAGGAGGCUGUGGACGACAUCCUCUCAGCUCUGAAGCUCGACCCUGGGACGGUGGUCCCUGAGGUUCGCUCUCUGAAGCCAGAGGCCCAGGCCCUCAUCACCCAGGGCCUCUGGUCCCGCUGCCGGGCCCUGCUGAGCCAACCGCUGGACACCGGGGCCACCCUCAGCGACGAGGACGCCCAGGGCCUCCUAGCUGUGGGGGAAGCGCUGAUCAAAAUCGAAGGUGGACGGCUGAGCGGACACCUCCUGCAGGCAGACGUGCUCACUGCCAUGGGCAGCUACGAGGAAGCUGGAGACUGCCUGCAGAACGCCCCACAGCCCACCCCGGGGUCGGAGGCGGCCUGCGCCCGGCGAGGCCUGCUCUGGCUCAAGAAGGGAGACGCGGCCGCCGCCGCGCGGGACCUGCAGCGCCUGGCCGAGACGGACGCGCAGGACCUCUGCUUCCUGCUGCCGCGCCUGGAGGCCUCGGAGCGGCAGCGCCUCAGCCAGGCUGCAGCCCAGGAAGCCAACACCCUCCUGAAAUCGGGGCAGCCAGAGCAAGCACUGGGCUACUGCUCACUGGCAGUCCUCGCCGGGAGCAGCAGUGCCCAUCACCUGCGCCUGAGGGCCACUUGUCUGGCUGAGCUGCAGGAGUUUGACCGGGCACUGGAGGACCUGAACCAUGUCCUCCAGGGGGACGUGCGGGACCGCGACCUCCCGACGCAGGUGGAGGACCUGUGCUCCCAGGGCCGCCUGCUGCUGAGCCUGGGGGAUGGGGCCAGGGCCGCUGGGGCCUUUGCCCAGGCUCUCAAGCUGGCACCCACCCUAGCCCAGAGCAGCCUGUGGGAGCGGCCAGGUCGGGGCCCCACUGCCAAGGCAUUUCUGUGCCAUGGCCAGAACUGCCUGGAGGAGCAGCGCUAUGCAGAGGCCUGGAUGGCAGUGGAGAGUGGCCUGCUGGCAGACCCCGAGCACAGUGGCCUGAGGAGGCUGAAGGUCAGACUCCGGAGGGAGGCAUCCUUGGGCUGCCGGCUCCACUGACCCCGUGCUCUCGAGGCCCGGAUGUGGGCCCCCCCCCCC